GCGUUCUCCCGAAUCAGCGAUACUGUUUUACAGUGAUACUGUGAUUCAGGGUUUCUGUUCUUUUGUAUAUGCAGCGCCUUCGAAUAUCGUUUUUCGUUCCGUUACCUUGAAUGUUAUUAUCAUUUUCACACAAAGUGACACAAUAUUGUGUGACGCGCUAAGAUCUGCCAACCGUCCGGAAAAUGUCGUAUUCCGCUCUGCUCAAAAUGGCCUUUCUUUUUAGCGGAAUAUGCAUCCUAUCCGUCUUUCUGUUUGUCCCCACUGCAAAAGUACCGGUGUCUGCAUUCUAUGAUCAUGUCGAUCGGUCAAAACCACCGCCCGUCGAUGAAGUCACGAAUCCAGUUAAUCCAGUUCGCUGGCAAGCGGCAAUUCCCUUUCAGCUUUUCGUCCACUCCGCGGUCUAUGCGCUUCCCUCGGAGAACCUCACCGGUUAUGUUAUCAAGAUAAUCUCCAUCGUCAACCGCACCGACGCGGAGAUGCACAAGGCGCUUCCGUGCAGUUGUGUGUGUGUCCCCAUGGAACAUUCCCGGCGGUGUUAGCCGAUUAUCCCGAUCACCAUAAUCAGCGGUAUAUCGCUGCCACACUUACGUGCGAUGUCCGUGAGUACGCCGACUACGCGCGACCCAUCCGGAUGACGCUGCAGUGCCAGAUGCGGAAUGUUUCCCGAUCGGUGGACCUUGACGUGGCCACACCUCCCUUCUGGCCGGAACCGCCGCCGCUGAGUAUGGCACUGUGUGGACCCAUCGUUUUCGGGCAGGAUAUCCGUCCGGAACAUAUCGUGGAAUGGGUGGAGUACUACCGGAUCAUGGGCGUUUCCAAAUUCUUCAUCCCGGUGUAUUAUACGAGUCCGUUUUCGGAUGUUCCGGCAGAACUGCUGUGGGUGCUGUGGUAUUAUGAGGAUCUGGAAUUGGUGGAGGUGGUCAACUGGACGCUCCCGGUCGAGAUUGAACGGAAGGUGCAUUAUAACGGCCAGCUGGCGGCUAUUAACGGGUGCGUGAUGAAGGCUUACGGAUACUGGGACUACGUCGUUGUUGUGGACUUUGACGAGUACAUCAUCUCUCAAGACGGAACCGGUUUGGAUGCCAUCGUCCAGAAGGGAUCCCUUGACUGCGUCACAAUCCGGCACUCCGCCGUUAAAAACUCCCUCAGCGUCCCCGCCACGUCUGACGACAUCGGCCAGCAUCUGGUUCGCCACUUGCAGCGGGAUUCCUUCGUCUGGCCGGCCAACGAUCGCACCAAGUAUGUUUGUCGUCCGCAGAGCGUUCUGGAAGCGGGCAUUCACUUCAUCCACAAGAUACGCCCCAACGCGCGUUUAUUGCAAGGAGCCAACACCGAGGAGACGCUGGUGCUGCAUUUUCGCGAGGCCUUGAUUGGAGCCGGUGCCACAUUGGUCGAUGUGGACAUGGACCGCUUCUUCGGACUACAACGACUCCCAGCGGCUCACGGAUAGGGUCAACACGGUCUAUCGCAGUAUUUUCAUCUCCCCUGGCGGACCGAAAUGAGAGCUACGCCCUCCGGCUUCUUAUUAUUAUUCUGCGCCAUUUCAAAUGCACUGUGAUAGACCGCCCAAAAAUUUACAUUUGGUUGUCUUGUUCGACAAGCUGCUGUGUUUUAAGCAAUGAUUUUUUUAUCCCUUUGCGCGGAUUUUAUUUGUCAUCUUGACCUUUCUGGAUUUAGUACAGCUAGACUUUUUGGUGUAGCUCUCAAAGGCAUUGCCCUUUUCUCGUCCUGUUUUUACU